AUGGACUUGAAGUUGCGUGCGCAAGUUGAGAGCGUUCUACGCUGUGCGGACAAAGAGCCAAUGGCGCAGAUGCAGGAAGUGCAGUCCCUGCUGCUGGCAGCCGGUUUGGCGUAUAAGGCUCAGGAGAAGCCGACGAUGCUGUUGGUGCACCCGUGCAAUCGCGGGGGGCUGAUGGUCAAUCCGCACGACUGCCACAGCCGGGGAUGCACAAUGGUGCAGACGGGCAUACGCCCGGAGUUGCUGCAGACUGGGUCCGUGGCGUUCGAGCUCGCCACGGACCCAGUAGCACGGGAGGCGCAAUACGCCGCCAACGAGAAGAUGGCGCGAGCCGCCGGCGGGAUGUUAGCCCCCGUAACGCGGACUGAGCGGCUGCUGUCGGUCGCGGGAUCGCACACGAGCCAGUUUUUCAAAGCCAUGUUGGCUGGGGCGCGCGCCGCCGACGGGUCCUCCCUGGGUGCGUUUAUCGCAGAGCGGGGGCCAGACCACCUUCUGCGCAAGGUCGCUGAAGGUGGCUGGCAAUGGUUUGUGGUGCAGUCGUGCGUGGAAGAGUCAUUUCCAGAGCUCCCGCACUUGUUGCAACAGGCGUAUAACGCCGCCCACGCCGCCGUGACCCCAUUGUCAGAGAUGGAGGUGGCGUCCAGCUACGCGGCGUACUUCGCCGAGCUGCAGGGGCGCGGGUCGGACGCUGAGGAGUGCCGCCGGCUGGCGUUGGAGCGCGUCGUCGCUGGGCGGCCGCCGUGCGGGAAGUAUGUCGAGAGCAUUUGCCAUUGGGUGCUGCGGUACGGGGGGGGCGCUGAUGAGUCCUUCCCCAUGGUGCAGUUUUUGCAGGAGUUCGCGAAAACGUACGGGGGCACGUUGUUGCUGGGCGAGGACUUCGUCCGCGCCGUGGCGCACACAGAGAUCAAGGAGGAGUCCAUGCCGUUUGUGCGGGCCGCAUGCCUGGCCGCGCAGCUCACUUCGCCGAAGGUGAAGGACGGCUUUGCCCGCCUCCUGAGUCCGGGGGAUGUGGAACGGCUCAAAACGCCAGGGGCGCAAGUGCGUGCGAGGGAGGCUGAGGCAGCUUUCCGGCUCGGCUGGCCGCUAUACCAGCAAGCGCGCGGCAUGGAUAAGGAGGGUUGCGUCCCCGCCUUCGGCCGCUUCCUUGUGCGCGGCAUCCUUUGGCUUCUUCAGAAAGAGAAGCAUGGUCGCGAGAAGGUGGAGUUUCCGGACAUGGCCGCCAUAAGCUCGGCGUAUGCACGGGAAGUGCAGGGCGCACCGACGCCGGCAGGGGCGCAAGCAUCGCGGAGAGCGCCGUCGUCGGGGCGGGCUGCGCUGGCCAUGUCCUUGAAGGACUGCGAAAACCCAGCCGUGCACGCCCUGCACGUGAACGAGCACGUGCAAGUUGGCAAGCGUUACACGUGCAAGGACCAUCCGGGCCGGGUGUUCGUCCUGGAAAGCCUGGACGGGUCUGGCGCCAAGUUCGUGGCCACGACGCUGUUUGAGGGCCAGGUGGAAGUGGUAGAGGAGCUGGCGAAACUGAGACAGUGGCGGCCGACCUCGUCCAUGAUGCCUGAAGCCUGCAGUGUGGAGAGGGCGCUGGCAUUGUCGCCCUUGGUCGCCAUGCAGCCGGAAUGGCUGAGGGUGCAGGCGCAGGCCCUGCUUUGGCGUGGCUACGCCACGCACAGUGUGCGGAACAGCGAGCUCGUCUUCGGCUUGAACCCGGCGGCGGUUUUCACAGGCCGGGCUUUCAAAGCCAAGAAGCUCAGGCUGUGGCCCUUGGGAAACUUGCAGCUUCCCAAGGCGGGCACGACGCUGCCGAAGCGAGCCGUUUGUGUUUCCUUCCAGGGUGCUCGGUUCCAGGUGACGGCGAUGCGGCCGGCGUCCAAUUUCGACCGGGCCGGGGCGCUCGCGCCGUAUUGGUGGUGCAAGGUUGCCGAAGAUGAAGAUCAUGCCACCAUGCAGUACGUUAAGGUUGUGUACGAGGAGCUGGAAGUGCACGUGCUGCAGAACGAACUCCCCCUAAACCAGCACGAGUUGCUCUCCUUUGCGGCGCCGUCCGAGCCCGUUGCUGCAUCCCCUGGCCCGAAGAAGCGAGCUCGGGUUCCAUGA